AUGACAUCCAUUUGGAACUUGUUGGCCGGGAUCAAAGAAGAUGUAGAACACAUCUUCCAAAAUGGAGACAUUCCAAAGCCGGGAGAUAUGAUUCAAUUCCAACUGGUUUUGCCUUUCCAGCAUUGGGGUAUCUACAUAGGCAAUGGAGAAGUUGUGCAUUUCUCAUUUUCAUGUGAGAGAAAAGUCUGCAGAAUAAAAAUCAAGGAUGUCCUAGGAGCUGUGAAAAGUGCCGUGUGGAACAAAUUCGAUCACAAAUAUCCUCCCUUGGAUCCUACUCGUGUGGUGAAAAGAGCUCUGCAUAUGGUAAACAAAGUCCUAAGAUACAACCUCGUCACUGCAAACUGUGAGCACUUCGCCACGUUGAUGAGAUACGACAAGGCUCUGUCUGAUCAGGCAGAACGAUUUAACUUUACUGUAGAUCGGGAUUUCGAGCAGGAGAUCAGAAGAUGCCUAGCUGAGGUUGAUUGUGGAAGUGGAGAAUGUCUUUCAACCUUCCAGAGAAAGAUUCCUUGA